AUGAAAAAGGUUUCCACCUCCUUAUCAGCUUUCCCUCCAGUUCCUCGACCAACCCUCCACCCACCAGAAAAAACCAAAAGAACGGACAAAAAACCCAUGUCUACGGAUCUAGAAUUACGCCAAGAAUUGGUGGAAAUCCGAUUACCAGCUCUAAACAUCAAGGUUUCACAGUCUUCAGAUAGUACGGAUGAUGGCGGUGCUGUAAUUCAGUCACAAGAAAGCACCACCGGCACGGGCAGCUGCAUCAAUGAAGAAGAAGAGUGCCAUACGCCAAAAUCGCCUCAGCAUAUGAUCCCAGAAAUUCUUAGCUGCCCACCUGCCCCAAAGAAGCCUACGAGGCCUGCUUCCUCCUCAUGCAAGAGAAAAUUAUCUGAAUUUUUCGAGUUUGUGGGACGGGAAGAGAUUGAGUCUUUUUUCAGGCAGCUUGACGGGCCGAAUUCUACAACUGGUGUCAUCAAAAAGAGGUGUCUUGUAUAA